GGCAUAAUGACAGCUUCCAGCCGCAGCCACGCCUCUAAUCCAUGAUUAUGCAUGCAGGCCCCGCCUUGGGUCACGUCGCGGGACUUUUUAAAGAGCUGGUGGGGGUGGCGCGCCUCUGAUCAGCUGUUUGUAGAGCCAUGCAUCGGCUAGAGCAUCAGCUGUCACCUCAUAUGCUGACACGGAGCCAUGAGCAACAACUGCCUGCAUUCUCAAACACUCUCCUUCCUGAACCAUGGAUGUUGAUAAGCAACACUGCUGGCAUGGAAGAUUUAUUUGGGGUACCGUCAAGAUCUCGUUUCCUUGGUGCUUCUGGAUUUCUGGCAAAGAGAGACUAUAAUCACUCAGAUGCUUUGCAGACUACAAGGUUGAUUUUUCCCAAACCAGAUUCUCCUGAACGGGGCUGUGCAGCGACAAGGGUCAAUGUUGGUGUUGAUACAGAACUGGAUUUGUUGGACCUUGAUCAGUCAAAAUUUAGACUUUCUACAAGCCAGCCUGGACAAGGGUUUGAGACUGAUGAAGCUGUUCUACAGAGGCGGCAGAAGCAACUAGACUAUGGCAAAAACACAGCUGGCUACAGGCGAUAUUGUCAACAGGUACCCAAAUCUGAAAGGGAGCCAGGAAUCCACCCUCGUACUCCAAACAAAUUUAAGAAAUACAGUCGGCGGUCAUGGGACAUGCAGAUAAAACUUUGGAGGCGUGCUCUUCAUGCUUGGGAUCCCCCUGCCGAGCGGUCAUUUGAGAAAGAAAUGCCAUAUGAUGAUGCAAAGAGUUUGCUGGAAUCCUGGAGCUCCCUUCAAGGUUUAGAGGAUGAUGUAUUUGACCUACAGAUAUCAAAUGUACCUGAUGUGGCUUGCCCUUCUGAAGAUCCAGCUCAGGCUUACUUCAACUGGAUGCAGUGCUAUAGCCCUACGCAGGCUUACAAUUAUCCAUAUUGGAUAGGACAAUAG